CAGGCUGACUCGCUCAACUGGUUUCCCCAGCAGAUGACAGCAGCAGCAGCAGCACCUGCGCGUGACGCCCACUAACAAACAAAACCGAAUCCGGAUGAGAGCAGGGGGGCUGGCACAUCCAAAACCUUCACUCGUGAGCCCAGCGAAUCCAACCCGCCCGUGCCCGACGCGCCGCUGCCUCCUGGGCGGUCUGAGCCGCGGAUAUAGAGCACCAACUCAGACGACGUCACUCGGUUAAACCUCGGGGAGACCGAGAGGUUGCAGCCGCUGCUUUUCAGCCAAGUGCGCUAGCGGGGGCCAGCCAGCAGAUUCAGGGAUGGAAUCGACCGAUGAGCUGGAAGACUUUCAGCUCAGUAAAGACCAAAGAGAAUUACUGGAGUACAAUUUUCAGAAGGUCAGCAAGCAGCCGGACGAGUCGACGCUCACGCUGAUUGCGCUCGAGUGCGAUCUGUCGGAGGAGCUGGCGGCGAAGUGGUUCAAGCUGCGGUAUGGCAAAUGGAGACAAUCACAAGGCCUCCCUCCGGUGUGUGGAUCUGUCAAAGACUGAAGAAGCUUAACUGGCUGCCAGAGUCCCUCCAGAAACUGCGACAUGAAGACGCUGAGAACGAGAAACGCACUCCACCCUUCUUUAUCCAUUUUUAUUUGCUGAGCCUCCUUAGAACUUUUGAUUGUGCAGUGAAAUGCUUGUUUGGGCAAAUUAUCACAAAUAAAAUUAAGUGACGCAUGUGUGCAUAUGCAGUGUUUAUAUGAAUAUCUAGCGCAAGAAAAGUGCAUUCU